CUGAACUUUGGCUCAGUUCCUCUGGGGAAGUGAAAGAAAAGUCUGCUCUGCACUAACUAAUAACUUAAAUUGCAUAUUAUUUUGUAAUGUUUUACAUUUGUAAUGGGAAUGACCAGUGCCAAUAAGCUUUGACGCUUUCAAACGUGAGUUAGCGACCAAAAUGAAUGCCGAACAGGUCGUCUGGGCAGGAUGCCCCCAGUGAUCGCGAGUCCAGACAAGGCCCCGUUGUGAAGCGACUCUCCCGGUAUGCCAUGCCGGGUGCUCCGCAGCGGAGGUCGCGGCUGCUGCAGAGGCGUCAAGACGACCCAGACUCAGAGACACCUGACCAGCUUAAGAAUUCGAAAGGGUUGCUGCAAAGUCAGUUGGCGUGGGUUCUGUACCCCAUGGAGCACGCGUGGAUGCUGUCAGCCGCGGAGGGCAACUGCGACACUCUGCUGGAGUUUGUGUCCGAGGAGCCGCUGCUGCUCACCAGGCGGGACUUCAUCAGCGGCUACUCGGUGCUCCACUGGCUAGCCAAGAGCGGCCAGGACGAGACGCUGCUCAAGGUGCUGCACCGGGCCGAGAGGGCAGGAGGGCGGCCGGUGUGCGUGGACGUGCGGGGAAGCGGUGGCCUUACCCCGCUGCACGUCGCCAGCAUGCACGGCCACUACGCGGUCGUCAAGCUUCUCGUGGGCGCGUUCGGUGCUGACGUGGACGUCAUGGACUACGGUGGCAGGCGGGCCUGGCAGUACCUGCGACCGGACGCCCCCCGGGAGAUGAAGGAGCUGCUGGGGACGUGGGACGACGAGCACGCCAGCAGAACGGAACGCAACGCCAAUAAGAACUGUAACAACAGCAGCGAUGUGACGGUGACGCCAGGUAAGGAAGUGGAGCAUUUGGCGGACGAGGUGGACUCGUUUAACCGGAGGAGAGGCGGCAUCACGAGGCUCGGCUCCUUGACAAGGUUCUUCUCGUUCCGCGCCAAUAAACGCUGACAUUUGCGAUCACUACAUCCUAUUGUGCAUUCAUUCCCUUGAAAGUGCUUUGGAUCUUUGCUUGUUCCAACCACAAUAUUUGACACGGUAAUAGCACUUACUCUACUCUCUUGUUAGUGUAGCUUAUUUUUCCAUCUUGGAUGCCAGAGUUAUUUGGCUGAAACCAGCAAACGUGAGCUACAAAUAACAUCUGCAGUUCUGGGCCGAUUGGGGGAAAAAAAGACUGCUUCUCUCAUUUUUGUCCCUGUGAAACAUUUGAAGUAAUUAAUAUCAGUUUCUGCUCUUACUAUAAUUGUGAAGUGCCAUUCUGUGCUGAAUAAACCAAAAUGCAGUCAAAAUAUUGUAAAAUUUGACAAUGUACA